CAGCGGAAGUAACUUCCACUUCCUUUCCUCCAUUAGGUGAGUGCGUGACCGCAACCAUGGGUCGCCGACCAGCACGAUGCUACAGAUACUGCAAGAACAAACCCUACCCCAAAUCCCGUUUCUGUAGGGGUGUGCCUGAUCCCAAGAUCAGAAUCUUUGAUUUGGGCCGUAAGAGGGCUAAGGUGGAUGAGUUCCCCCUGUGUGGCCACAUGGUGUCUGACGAAUACGAGCAGCUGUCCUCAGAAGCUCUCGAGGCUGCCCGUAUUUGUGCCAACAAGUACAUGGUGAAGACCUGCGGCAAGGAUGGCUUCCACAUCCGUAUGCGCCUUCACCCGUUCCAUGUCAUCCGCAUCAACAAAAUGUUGUCCUGUGCCGGAGCCGAUAGGCUUCAGACAGGAAUGCGUGGUGCUUUCGGAAAGCCUCAGGGCACCGUGGCUCGUGUGAGGAUUGGUCAGGUGAUCAUGUCUGUGCGCACCAAGGCCAAUAACAAGGAGCACAUCAUUGAGGCACUGAGGAGGGCAAAGUUCAAGUUCCCCGGACGCCAGAAGAUCCACAUGUCCAAGAAGUACGGCUUCACCAAGUUCAACGCUACGGACUUCGACCAGAUGAUGGCGGAGAAGCGUUUGAUUUCAGACGGGUGCGGGGUGAAGUACAUCCCCAGCCACGGACCCCUGGCCCGCUGGAAGUUCCUGCACGCCGCAUAAAUGUUGUGUGAAAGUCGAUAAAUAAAAACACUUCAUUUACAGAA